CCACCCGUAACCCCCUCCCCCCUCUCUCUCUCUCCUCCCCUUCUCUCUCUCUCUCUCUCUCUCUCUCCCCUGAUCUGUCUCGCUCUGGAACCAACAAACCGACUUUCUUUACAGAGAUUGAAGGGGCGAUACAUCUAACCUCGCCAUAAUCAGUCAAAACCCAAUGGUUGAGUUGGGUGCAUGAGCUUGUUAAAAGUGGCGAAUCCACGAGACACCGGUGAGUAUGUCAGAUUUCCAGCAAGAGGUGACACAGACACCACCGAUGAAGCUGGACAACCAUCUCAACAACCAAUAGAAUCAACAGAACAAAUGCAACAACCAGAAAACUUACUCUUGUCAGCCACGGCGGCAACGUCGAUGUUUUCCGGCUACAGUCGUUCGAUGGAGAUGUCAGCGAUGGUGACGGCGUUGACACAUGUAGUAUCCGGCGGUCAAAGGUCAGGUGAGUGGUCUUAUAGGCCAGAGCUUAGUGGUUCUGGGAUUUAUUCGGCCAAUUCACCUUCUUACUCUUCUUCAAGCUCUGGUUCUUGGACUGGACAGAAGAGAGGACGUGAUCAAGAAGAAAGUGUACCUCAAUUUUCAGACCAUGUUCAGAGGGUUUAUAGAGGGUUUGGAGAAUUCAGAGGUGGAGAAUCAUCUUCUAUUACUACUGUACCGGAAGAAGGUGCAGAUAUUUUAAGCCCAACCGGCCCCGCAGCAACAACUAUUACUAUCCCCACAACCACAAUACAAAUUCCAACAGCAGAACCGUCUUCACAAGAAGAAACAGGAGAGAGAAGAAGAAGAUACAGAGGAGUGAGACAGAGACCAUGGGGAAAAUGGGCAGCAGAGAUAAGGGACCCACACAAAGCUGCUAGGGUUUGGCUAGGUACAUUUGACACAGCAGAAGCAGCAGCUAGAGCAUAUGAUGACGCUGCCCUGAGGUUCAGAGGCAACAGAGCCAAACUCAACUUCCCUGAAAAUGUCAGAUUAUUACCAUCAGUCCAAGUUCCUCCGGCGACCCAGUUCUCCAUUUCCACUUCUCCGGCGACCCUUUUCCCAGCGACCCCAUCGCCGCCGGCAUUCUUCCAAACUCAGCCAUUCCAGAGCUCAGACAUUGCCAGAGACUAUUGGGAAUACUCACAGUUACUUCAGAGUACUGGUGGUGAUUUUCAUGGAAAUCAACCUUCAGGAUUGUUAGAGCAAAUGUUCUAUGCUUCUUCUUUAGCUGGUUUACAUUCACACUCAUUGGCUUCUUCUUCUUCACCCUCAUUUGCUUCUUCUUCAGUUACAACAACCACUCCUCCUCCAUAUCCUCUGCUUUUCCCUGAUCAACAAACUGGUUAUUUCCUUCCUCCGGGAAGUCAAAGUCAGGGUGGUGGGUCAGAUUUUCCGGCACCGUCGUGGACUAGCUCCGGCCACUACCCUCCAUCUUCUAGUUGAUUUCAAUUUUUCGUUUACAUUUUUUGAUAAAAAGAAAAAACAAUAUUGGUCAUACAAUUUUAUUGUUUUUUAUGUACUCUGUACUUACACGUUGCUUUGGCUCCAUUAUUGUUAUUUUUAU